UUUCACCGUCGAUAUGGAGUGCUCUCCGAGUCCCCACAACCUCGAUUGAGCUCCAAUGCUCCAUUAAUGGCGUUCGAGAGCUUCCGCACUUCUCCGGGCCCCUCGGCCCCGGGGGAUCCUCGGAGGCUCUUAGCCGCGUUCGGGAGCGGCGCCACCGCCGCCUCCUCUUCUUCCCCGGCGACGACGCCCCCGCCGCCCUUUUCCUCUCUCUCCCCGGCGGAUACCUCGAAACCCUCGCCAUCGCCUGAGAGGACAGCUAUAGAUACCCCUAAUUUAGCUAAUCAAGAAAGAAUAAGUCCUGCUACAACUUUUGUUGCUGGACAACAUGUUGAGACGAAGUCAUUAAACUCUUCAAAUCCCUACGUUUACAAGCGGAGUAGGUCACCACCAUCGCCGUACCAUGAUGUUGACUCUCCUGAAAACAAUAAUCAUGUUGGUGAAAAUGGUAGAAGGUUGGUGAGCUAUACAGAUGUGUGGUUAGCAAAUGAUGUUGAAACUUCCAAAAGGAUGAGAUCACCACCCACGACUUUUAAUAGCAAUCAGCUAAUUCCGAAUCUUAAUUUAACUCGUGAAGCUCAGAAGCCUGAUGUAACCCUUCGGAAUUUGGACAAUCAAAAGCAAUCGCCUAUUGGUUCACACUCACUACCUCAUCAGAAAUUCCAUACCUUUGAGCCUUCUUCUGAUACACAUAAUAAAGCAACCCUUUCCCCACCAAAACCAGUUUAUACAAAUGCUGCUAAAAGGGCCCGGUCUCCUCCUCUACUGGUUCCUGAAGCUUUACAGAAGCCACUUGUUCAGCUUGAUUCUGAUAGAGAAGAGUUGGCAAAGGCGAAGCGUCUGGCCCGCUUUAAUGUAGAAUUAAGCAGACCGAUAGAGAAAAUGGGUGAUUUUUCAAAGCAAAAUACUUCGUCAUAUAGACAGAAUCAUGCUUCUUUGGCCGAGCACAAUGCACUGGAGCCAGCUGAAGAAGCAAAUAGAAGCAGUGUAUCAGACAUCGAAGUCUCAGAAUCAUCUCCAGUUGUGGUUGGGCUUUGUCCAGAUAUGUGUCCAGAAUCUGAGAGGGAGGAGCGUGAAAGGAAAGGAGAUCUUGAUAGAUAUGAGCGACUGGAUGGAGAGAGAAACCAAACUACCAAAUACCUUGCCGUUAAAAAGUAUACUAGGACAGCUGAGCGAGAAACUAGUUUGAUAAGGCCACUCCCUGUGUUGCAAAUUACGGUCGAUUAUCUUCUCAAUUUGCUGGAUCAACCUUAUGACGACAGUUUCCUGAGUAUAUACAACUUCUUGUGGGAUAGAAUGAGAGCAGUGAGAUUGGACCUCAGGAUGCAACACAUCUUCAAUCAAGAAGCUAUAACAAUGCUGGAGCAAAUGAUAAGACUUCAUAUAAUUGCUAUGCAUGAGUUAUGUGAAUACAACAAAGGAGAGGGCUUUUCAGAGGGGUUUGAUGCUCACCUCAACAUUGAGCAGAUGAAUAAAACAUCAGUUGAGCUGUUUCAAAUGUACACUGAUCAUAGGAAGAAGGGAAUAGUUGUGCCAACCGAAAAGGAGUUCCGAGGUUAUUACGCGCUUCUCAAGUUGGACAGGCACCCUGGUUACAAGGUUGAACCUGGUGAACUCUCGCUUGAUCUCACUAAAAUGUCUCCGGAGAUAAGAAACAGCCCAGAAAUUUCAUUUGCAAGGGAGGUGUCAAGAGCAUGUAGAUUUGGCAACUACAUCGCCUUCUUUCGCCUUGCAAGGAAAGCAACUUAUCUGCAGGCAUGCUUGAUGCAUGCUCAUUUCACAAAAGUAAGAACACAAGCACUUGCUUCUCUUCACAGUAGUCUUCAGAAUAAUCAAGGGAUCCCGAUAACUCAUGUUGUUAACUGGCUCGGUAUGGAGGGAGAAGACUUAGAGUGUCUCUUAGAGUAUCACGGAUUUGCAUUAAAGAAAUAUGAAGAACUUUAUAUGGUAAAAGAGGGCCCCUUUCUCAAUCAAGAUGCCGACUUCCCAACCAAGUGUUCUCAACUUGUGCAGCUUAAGAAGUCGCAAAGAAUUAUCGGCGACGUUUAUUCUGGUCCUACUAUGUCAGCUCUCACUGGCGAGAGGGUUAUUCACUCGGAUAUGACGUUAGAAGUAGCUGAUGAGAAAGGAGUUGCUUCGGAAGCAGAAGUGAUGAAUGAUUUGAUUGAUGAGCCAAUGGUCGAUAAUCAAGCAUAUAAUCAAGUACAUCCCAAAUCUCGCACUCUUCCUCAAGCACAAGAACUGCUUGAAGAAGAGAUUCCACUAGCACGUGUGAGCACUGAAGAAGUUGGCACAGUCAAAGAAGUCACUUUUCCACUUCCGGUUUCAAGCAGUGUAUCUAAAGAGAGCUCCAUAAGUAGCUAUCCACAGCAAAAUGCCGACGAUGAAGUCAUUGAGGCGUCUACAGACACUUCAAUGGAUCAAAUGAUAUUGAUGAAUACGGAAGUAAAUUUAGUUGAGGCUGGAGUGCCUGGAAUUCAAAACUCUAACUGCAAUCUUGAGAAUACAAAUGAUCAGAUGGAUAUUGGUGAAAAUCUCAGCAAGGAAGCACCAGCGCUUGUAGUCCAUCAGGAAAAUGUUGCUAGGCAAAAGCUGAAGCUAAUCUUAAGGAGAUGGAUGCGACGAGCUGUGCAGAAGAGGUUAAGGCGGGAGGAAAAUAAGAUUCUUGCUAUUGCAGCAUUGAAUUCUCUCACAGUGGGACCGCCACUGCGUCCUCUGGGAGCAGCUCCAAAACAUGCUUGCGAAGUGCUCAACAUCGACAAGGCUCUGAAAGAGAGAUACCUUAAACAAGAAAAGUCAUUGUCGAGGCUGAACAUUUCAGAAUUGGUUGCACCGAUUUUAAGUGAGAGAACUCCCGGUAUGAAAUGCUUUUGCUGGAAGCUGCUUAUCCUCAUCCCACCAUCACAAAGUCGAAUUGUUAAAUCGGCUUUUGGAUGGUGUCUCUCAAAGCUCAUGGGUCAUGGUAGAGAAGACAACGAACGGCUCGUUUCCUUGCCCCACUUGUCGAUAUGGAAGAAAUGGUUAGGCUGUCAGAAGAAUUCGCCCGAAAUCUGCUGUUUAUCUGUUGUUAGAGGGCUCGACAGUGAACAGGAAGUUUUUGAAAAUGAUAGCAUCGAUGGUACAAGCAGCUUAAUAUAUCUGAUAUCGGAAUGCAUUCCAUGGGACUUUCAGAGGAAUCAACUCCACAAACUUGUAAGGUCUAUACCAUCUGGAUCAAAGCUGCCUCUUUUAAUCGCUAGUUUUGAUACUUACGGAGAAGAGAAAGAUCUAGUUUCACAAACAGUAUACGACAGGCUCAGCCUAAUCAGCGUGGACAAAUCAAAGAUAAGCUCAUUGUCAAUUGUUUUUCUAGCUGGUAAUAUCCCCAAAGGCUUCUUCGACGACGAUGAAUUGAGAAGUGGUCUGAAAUGGCUGGCGUAUCAUUCACCUCUUCAACCAGCUCUCAGUCUCGUGGAUACUCGUGAAUUGGUCAUGAGCUACCUGAGGUUUCCACUUAACAUCCUCGAGAAUUCCGACGCUUCUCAAGUGGGCCCCGACCAAUGUAUCUCGGCUUUCAAUGACGCCCUCAACAGGCUGAUAGGGCAAGUUCAUUUUGCUGCAUCCGUGAAUUCAAAUGGAUGGCCGUGUCCUGAGAUUGAUCUUCUUGAGAAGUCGACUAGUGAACGGAAGGUUGUGGAGACAUUCUUACCAAGCAUAGGCUGGAGCUCGCCUUCAAGAAUCGAGUCGCUAGCCAAAGCAAUAGUUUGCUGCAAACUCCCCGAAUUUCAUUACGACCUCUCUUGGCUGAGCCAUGGCUCUCACAUGGGCAAGCAGAUUCUGAAUCAGAAGUCGGCCCUUGAGGAGUGCUUGGUCAACUAUUUGACUCGAACAAGUCAAUUGUUGAAUGCUCAACUAGCCACAAGUGAGGCGAGGGUAAUGGUUCAGACAGGUGUCGGCCUUGAGCUCCGUGGUUCGUCUUACUACAUAGUUCCGAGAUGGGUCGACAUUUUCCGACGGAUAUUUAACUGGAGCAUGACAAGGUUGGUCUCCAGAGAGUGCUCGCUUGCUUACAUAUUGGAGGAGCAUCUCAAUAAGGUUUCGACAGAGAUUGAUGCUAUCACAUCGUGGGAGAUCAAGACUAGCAGUUUCGAGAGCCAUCGGCGGUUGAAUCCGGUUCGCUUUGAUGAGCUUGUUGAAGCUUGUUGUAGUCUUCCCACUGUGGAGAAGCCUGUUUCCGUGCCGAGGGCCGAAUGUUUUCCUUCUCGCGGGGUUGUUCAUGAAGAAAGCAACAAUGCUUCUAAAGGCAUUGUUCAUGGCGAGGUAAACACUGAGAGGCAUGGAAACAUUAGCUCUGAUGAUAGUGGAUCCCUUUUUGGCACGAGAGAGAAAGAGUCAGUAGUCGCGUCAUUGUUUAAGAAUAGUAACUAUUUAGACAGUUUUAAUAGGUUAUUUGAGAGGUGUAAGCAAGUGCAGGACACGAUCGAUAAGAAGCUCGCUUUUUAUUUAUAGAUCCUUUGUGUAUUAUCUCAGUGAGUAGUUUUGGUCAUGUCCAGGCAUUAUUCGAGGGGUUUAGGUUCCUUUUUUUGUGUGUGUGUGUGAAUUUGCACCUGAGAAAUGCCAUGGACAAGUCAAAUUGUAACGUAUUUUUUCGUUGUGGAAAUUUAAUUGAAUAAUCGUUGUUUGUUUUGUCA